AUGACAAUCGCCUCACACAACAUCGCUGGCCCUAGCCGUCUCUCGGCAUCGCCAAAAAAGACCGUCUACCCGGUAUGGCCAGACACCCACGACGAGGCAGAGUACUUUGAAGUACCGCCUGACCACUUUUUGGCACAGCAGCGAGGCCCUAACAAGGCUCGUCAGCCCGGCACAUCGUCUUCAGACCACCCCCUCGCUCGACGCACUUCCACCUCUUCGGCUGCAUCCACUCUCAGCCAAGCGUCCAUGCCCGUCUCUGGCUUCAGCAAUGUCUCUGACGAAACCACCAUCUUCUCAUCUGUAUCGCCGUCACUGCAACCGCUGUCCGAGCUGGCCACUGCUGUCCGAUCCGGUAUCCCCGCCUUGCCUUCGUCUCUCGGCCACAUCACCCAGCCUGUAGAUCGCCUCACUGAUGCUGUUCCGCGUCCAGCUGGCUUCUCCACUGUCAGUGAGCAGAUCCCAGACACUUCGACGCUGGCUGCUGCCGAUUUCGAUAUCGAUGUUCGUUCCGGCUUCCUUCCACCAGAGGCGCCCGUGCAACGACUCAGCGGCCCGCACGCAGAACACUGGGAGGAGGCGCUCGAUCAAGCCAAAUGCAUUCCACUCAUGCAGGGCGGUGGCGGCGUCACCAUCACGCAGCAGCAACGACUCCUCGCUCGUCGUUGGCGUCGUUCGCUCCGCCAAAUGCCCGUCUUACCCCUCUCCGACGAGCUCGCCAACGACAUUCGCUACGCACGUCGAGGCCACGUCGUUCUCUCCUUCCUUGCCCACUUUUACAUCCACAGUCAGCCCCGUAAAGCUACCGAUGAUGCGCUCUCGGUGGGUCCGCAACGCACAUGGCUAAGCAGCAUAUUCUCUCGCAAAACGACCGACGAGCUCCAAGACGAACAGGAUCUCACCGAUGAGCUCGCCGGCAAGUACAUGCGACGUCUCCCCGCCGGCAUUGCAGUCCCUUGGGUACAGCUCUCGCAAAAGCUCGAUUUGCCUCCCGUGCUCACCUACGCCACCACCGUGUUGUGGAAUUGGGACUACCUCGACCCAACACGUGGCCUCGAGCCAGACAACCUUCGCAUCGUCGAGACGUUCACCGCCACCCCCUCGGAGCACCACUUUUUCUUCACGUCGCUACUCAUCGAGGCCAGAGGUGUCGAGGCACUCGAGCUCAUGCGUGUCAGCUUGGACGAGGCCUUCGUCGCUGAUCGCGUUGCUCGUCGUCGUAUCGCCGGCUACCUUAACAGGCUCGCCCGACACGGUUGA